AUGUCAUCCACAACCAAUCUUCCAAACGCUCUCCAACCAUUGACCGAUCACCUCAACGCCAUCCUCUCGAAUCCCUCUGACACGCCACUCGACACAGGUCUCGUAGAGACCUUCACUGCACAGCUUACGGAAGGCCAGUUAAAACCCCUUAUUCCUUCGUUGGUUCCACUUAUUUCAUCUACGUUGUUUGUUCUCCGCGAGGAUCCCUCGCCCCUGACGACGCUGCUACGGAGUUUAUUGUCGACAGCAUCCUUCACCGAGAUCCUCCCACUAGCGACGCCGGAAAUCACGCUACAAACACUGUCUACACCGGUACCACCAAUUCAACAUCUGGGGAUUUCACUACUCCAAAAGGCGACACAUGCAGUCUCAGACGCUGGGAUUAUCGCCUCAUGGACGGAUGUCAUCAAGAGGCUUCUUGAGCUUAUGUUAGCUUCUGAGGAUCCGGGAAUAUCCUCUAAAUCGCUGGAUCUUCUGCUAAGCUUGCUCAAGGUUGAUUCGCCCAAAGCCAAUGGAACCGGCCUGGUUUGGCGCAGGAUAUUGGAAGAUAGAGGGGUUUAUGAACUAUUCUUUAAAUUGUGUUCCUGGGAUGGGGAUGCCCUCCCCGGGGGGAAGCGUGCGAAAACAGAAGGGCAGGGAAGAUUAUUGGAAUUUGUCGCGAAACUGGCCGAGCUGGAUUUUGAUGCUAUCGUAGUUUCUCGAUUUCCCGAGAUCGAGGGGAAAUUCAGCAUUAGUGCAGAGGAUCCGUGUCAGGGGCUACUAGACUUUGCUGCCAGGCACGCGGUUCGGGUGGAUGACGAUGUUAUGAUGCAUAUGCUCUUGUUAGAUUUUUAUGCCGCGCUAUUGAGCUCUGCUGGUUCCGCCUCAGAAUCUGCUGAGAGGCCUCUGGAUUACCUCCGUAAAUCCGGGCUCCACAAGUCAACUAUCGGAAGAUACUUGGCACCAGAGGCGUACUCAGAUGAUUUUCUCAUUCAAGGUUUCCUCGAGUCCAAGGCGGCCGAAUACAUAGCUACGUUCGCCUCGCUACAUCCGAAGGAGCUUCUCGCCGAACCUACGCCAGAAAUCCCUGACAUUAGGCAGCCAAAAAGAAGGCGCACGUCGGAUACACCACCACGUGCCGAGCCCAGACCACUAACCCAGGCUCUCCUCGAGAGAAUCCAAUUUCGUAUAGAGGAGUCUGUGCAACACCCACACUCCCCAUCGUUAAGAAUUCUCACAUCUCUUCCACCCAGCCUCCUGAUUGCCUCCUAUCCUUCCUCUGUUAUUUCUAAGAUACCCCUAUCUCCACCCCAGGCCGCACAUAUUAGCACGCUUUCGAGCCUAUUCGCUACUAGAGAGAUCUACUUCGCAUAUUCUGAUUCCCAUCCUGAGCUCUGGAAAACCUUGUUGAGAUACGCUUCGACACCUGCCCUCCGCAACGAAGCACUAGCAAGUCUAGAUCUUAUUAAAAAGCUAAGUCAGAACGGCGUUUGGGGGCUACGUGAAGUUCUGGAGUCUCCCGGGGUGAUGACAUACUUGAUAACUCCUAACUCAAGAUACGCUGCCGGUGGCGGUGACCCUGAGAGCUCAGCUUUCAAAAUAUCGGUCAAGAAAUGGGAAACUUUGAAUGCUAUAGAGAGGGUUCUGGGUGAGUGGAUGGAUGAAGUUCCUGGUGCUACAGGGUGGGGGGUGGUUAUAGCGGAACGGACGCGGAUUGGUGUUUGGGGGAGCAGAGCGGGAGGGGAAGUUGCUACCGCUGAGAUGUAGUUACUAUUAUUAUUUCGGCUACAUUGUUUCCCCCUAGCUAGGCGCAAAUUCCACAGGCGGUUCUCUUUUGAGGUACCGGUAUCAACACUACCGCCCUCGUCCAAAUUCCUAUUCUAUAGGUCACAAA